AUGAUUACUUUUCAGGUUCUUGAAUUAGUUCAUAGCCAGCUAUCUGGGGAGAUUCCAUCAUCGCUUGGCCAGCUCUGGAAUUUAGGUGUUUUUGAUACAUUGCGGCCCAUUCCACAAAGGGGCAGCUUAGCACACUUCAAGCAACUCAAUACGCCAAAAGAAAAAAGGACUUUGUGGGGGAUUUCCUUGCCUGAAUGCCGAAAUGGCAACAAUCAACCAGCGGUAAAUCAUUGUUCACGGGAGUCCUCAUUUCCAUUGCUUCGAUAUGCAUCUGAUUGUGUGGGCAAUCAUAAUGUGUACAAGUCCUCAGGAAGCAAAAAGGGGUCAAGAAUCAGGAUACUUAAUAGCUUGCAAACAACUCAUGCAGCUACAAAAUGGAAGAUUGAUAAGGAGAAAGAGCCAUCGAGCAUCAAUGUUGCAACAUUUCGAAGGCAGCUAAGAAAACUCAAGUUCUCCCAACUAAUUGAGGUAACCAAUGGUUUCUCUGCGGCAAGCCUUAUUGGAAGUGGAGGGUUUGGAGAAGUCCUCAAGGCAAUCAAGAAACUCAUCCGGUUGAGCUACCAGGAAGACCAAGAAUUUAUUACUGAAAUAGAAACUCUAGGGAAUAUAAAGUUUAGAAAUCUUGUGCAUCUAUUAGGCUAUUGCAAAGUUGGUGAGGAGAGACUCCUUGUGUAUGAGUUCUUGGGUGUUGGUGGUCUUGAAGAGGUGCUCCAUGGAAUAUCAAAGGAAAAAGAUUGCAAGAGGAGUUGCCUGAGGACUAUGUUUACUUCACCAGAAUUGCACCCCACACAUUAUAUGUCAAAAAUGCAAUGGUUGUUAUACUCUCACAAGCUUCUCUCUAUAACAACAAAAGUAGAGAGGUAA